UCGAGCACCUUGAGUAACCAAAAGCCCUAGAGAAACCCCAACUGAGAGAGAGAUGGCGCCGCCGCCGCCGCCCACCGCCUUCUCCCGCCUCCGCCGCCUCUUCUCCACCGCCGCCGCCACCGCCACCGCCCCGACCCCGGAAUCCGUCCUCUACUCCCUCCGCACCCUCUCCAAGGACCCCUCCGUCGCGCUCGCCUUCUUCCGCCGCUCCCAGGCCGGCGGCCACCCGCUGGGAUCCGCCGCCUACAACCUCAUGCUCCGCACCCUCGCCUCCCACCCCACCUCCGCGCACUCCCACUUCUGGCCCUUCCUCCGCGACAUGAACGACGCCGGCCACUCCAUCGACCAGGGCACCUACCUCGCCGCCCUCGCCUCCUUCAAGAAGGCCAGCCUCACCGCCGACUACGCCUCCCUCACCGCCCACUACGCCAAGGCCCAGGAGGACGCCAAGGGUGGGACCCCCACCUCCGCCGCCGCCGACGCCGUCCGUGCCCUCGAGGAUGGCUCGGAUUCGGAUGCUAGCGCGGAGCUCGACGAGAAGCUGGAGGGCGUCGACCUGCCGCUAACGGAGACCGCCGUGGCCAGGGUGCUCCGGGAGGUGAGGGACCAUCCGAUCAAGGCUCUAGCCUUCUUCAGGUGGGCGGGGCGUCAGAUUGGGUACAAGCACGGUUCGGUGUCUUACAAUGCCAUGGUGAGGGUGCUCGGGCGAGAGGAGUCCAUGCGGGAGUUCUGGGACCUCAUCCAAGAGAUGAAGGCCGACGGGAUUCAUGUCGAUAUCGACACCUAUGUGAAGCUCUCGAGGCAGUUCCAGAAGCGCCACAUGCUCACGGAGGCCGUGGAGCUCUAUGAGCUCAUGAUGGAUGGUCCUUACAAGCCAUCGAAGCAGGAUGGUCCGGUGCUCAUCAGGCGCAUUGCUCUGGGGCCUUCGCCGGACCUUGAGCUGGUCUAUCGUGUGGUUAGGAAGUUCGAGGCGGUGUGGGAGUUCAAGACUAAGGAUGUUUUUGAUGGCAUCCAUAGGGCGCUGACGAGUAAUGGGAGGUUUGAUGAGGCUGCCGAGAUCGUGAAGAGGAUGAAAGGCGAAGGUCAUCAGCCAGACAAUAUUACGUAUAGCCAACUGAUCUUUGGGCUCUGCAAGGCAAACAGGUUUGAUGAAGCUCGCAAAGCGCUUGAUGAAAUGGAGGCUGAAGGGUGUGUCCCCGACUUAAAGACUUGGACCAUGUUGAUCCAAGGUCACUGUGCGGCUGGGGAGGUGGAAAAGGCCCUGCAGUACUUCACGGAAAUGGUUGAGAAGAAUUUGGAGGCAGAUGCGGCUUUGUUGGAUGUAAUGGUGAAAGGUCUCUGUAGCGAUGAUAAGAUUGAUGCGUCGUAUGCUUUCUUUGUUGAGAUGGUAGACAAGGCCAACUUGAGCCCUUGGCAAGGCACUUACAAGCAUAUAAUUGGUGAAUUGCUGAGGGUAAAGAAACUUGAGGAGGCUCUGGGUCUCCUGAGAUCAAUGAAAGCACGCAAGUUCCCACCUUUUGCAGACCCAUUCCCUACUCACAUCGCCAAGUACGGGACAUUUGAUGAUGCAAGGCAGUUUCUCAAGGCCUUGACGGUGAAUAACAAGUACCCAUCACCCACUGCCUAUCUGCAUGUUUUCAAGUCAUUUUUCACAGAGGGAAGAUAUUCAGAAGCUCAGGAUUUACUGUAUAAAUGCCCUUUCCAUAUCCGCAAGCAUCCUGAUGUCACCGAGUUGUUUGAAUCAAUAAAAGUUGAAAGUGAGAGUGCGGCUUGAUGAAGUGCAAGAAAUUAUUGAGUUGCUCGAGCGAUGGAUUUUCAGCAGAGGCAGAGGGCAAAAACUGUGGCUGAAUGUGAUGGCAGCUUAGAUUGGAUGGAUAGAUUCCCAGCUGGGUCAGUUCAAGCACUCCAUGCUUGACGGAGUUUGGCAAGACAAAGAUUGGUAACAGAGAGCAGCGAUAUGAUGAUUAUAUGCUCAAGAUAUUUGGUCUUUGAAGAUGCUCCUCGCACUCUGCCAACAAUAAUACAUGCCGAAUAUUAUCGCAUAGGCAUCUUCAUGUACCGGCACAUAUCUUUCAUGUACCAGCAUCCCCAUCAGUUUCGUCAACAUUUCUUUCCAGGCACCGACUUUUAUUACAGGUUGCUGCCUGCCUUCUUUUCUUCCCCACAUCUCCUUUUGCAGUUUUGCUUAGCUACUGCCUGUUGGUUCGCUACCUCUGUCUGUCUGAUUGCUGUGUCUUGGGUAAUGCUGAAACAAUUUCCAUAUAUAAUACAUUACAGAAAAUAUUUGUUACAGCUUGUAAAA